UUCUGCCUUUGUAGAAGUUUGGUCCUCUAACAGAACAGAAAAUUACUCAAAAACCUUUGAACAGCAGCUUCUUGAUAUGGGAGCAAAAGUUUCAAAAACUUUGAAUAAGCACGUGACCCAUCUAGUCUUCAAAGACGGACGGUUGACAACAUGGAAAAAAGCACAGAAGAUGGGUGUAAAAAUAGUUUCUGUACUCUGGGUGGAAAAGUGUCGAGAAACUGGAGCCCAUGUUGAUGAAUCCCUAUUUCCUGCAGUAGACACUAAUGAGGGAUUUCUAAUACCAAUAAAAAAACACAAAUGUAUGCAGCCAAAAGACUAUGUUGAACAAACUCCAGAAAAAAAUAGAAAGCUUCAGAGAAGACUAAACCAAAUGGCUAAAGAAUUAGCCCUACAAAAGACAGCAGUUAAUGCUGAAACAGAUGUACCAGUUUUAUUAUUUGAAGACAAUGGUUCACUUAUAUACAGUCCUGUUAAUAAGAUAAAAGCUCAGUGCAAUGCAAUGGAAAGAAGAAUAAAGGAUAUUAAGGAAAAAAGAGAGAAUCUUUCUCCUACGGGUUCACAAAUGACUCAAAGACUUCCAAGUACCUCACCAGGAGACUACUCACUUUCUACUUGUAUCUUAACUAAUUCAGAAGAUGUGUUGCUACCUGAAGAACAAAUGGAAGACUGCUUGAACUCAAGUUGUGAUUAUCUUUGGAGAACUGAGAAGAGUCAGAGAACAGAGGCAGAAGAACAUGACUGUGAUACUUGGACUGAUAUUCAUUUAUCUGUAAGUGCAUCAGUGAAUUCUCCAUCAUGUAGCAAUGAGCAGACGAGCUUAACACCAAAACAACGUGCCAGAAGUUUAACAAAGAAACAGAUUAUACAGCAUACUUUGGAUCAUAGAUUGUCUUUAGGAAAGAAAUGUUUAAAGUUUCCAAAGAAAAAUCAGAAGAACGAGAAGACCAAAACAACUUCAGUUGCAAAUAGAAGUUCUCUUCUCGAGGGCUUUGGUAAUAUUACUCUUUCUAAAAAAACAGUCCAGUUAAAUACUGUUCCUGCUUUGACUGACAGUCUCUCUAAUUCACCUAUGAGUAGUGAAGACUUAAAUACGUGUUCACUGGAUAAAAGCUUCCCUGUUGACAGAAAUGAUUGUGUUCUUAAAGACAAGAAGAGGAGGAAACUACAAACAUUACCAAGUUUUAAGCUGGCUACCUCAGAACUUCGUGCAUCAGGCUCUAAGGGGUUCUUGCAAGCAGUUACUACAUAUAGCAAGUCUUACUGCACUGAAGAGGCUUCUUAUGAAGAUUUCUUUUCAUCAUCUAAUUCAAAUGAAAAUGAAGUACAGAUACAAGUACCAAAGGAAUCACAGAAUCCUCCUGAAGUUUGUUCCAAAGACUCUUUUACAAGCAUGGACCUGCAUGAUGUGAGUUUCAGUGAGCUACAUAACUGCAUAACUACUAAGAAAAGUAGGAAUUCGUCUAUUUCCGUGAAUGAUUUUCCAGAAAAGAAAAAAAUCAAACCAGAUAAACAUCCAGGAAGCAUACCAUUAAAUAUAUCAGGUGAUGAAAAAGAUGACACUGGAGGAGCUCUAGAUACUGAUGAUAUGGACAGGCUUCCACAGCAUGCUCAUGAAAAAUCCUACAACAGUGUUAAUGACUGUGCUCAUACUGCUGGUGGUGAAAAUGAAGUGUCAGAGUGUCAUGUUACUUACGGCUCUUGCAAAAUCUUUGAUGAACAAAAGAAUAAGCACACUGGGGACUUAAGAAAAGCUGGAAGACUCCAAAAGCUAACAAGGACACUAGUUAUGACAAGUAUGUCUUCUGAGAAGGAAAAUACAGUAAUACAGAUUGUGAAUAAACUUGGAGACUUUUUGUUGUCAAAUGCAGUGUGUGAAACAACAAGUCAUGUAGUUACUGGGAGUCCUCGUCGUACCUUGAAUGUUAUGCUGGGAAUUGCUCGUGGCUGUUGGAUUGUUUCUUAUGAAUGGGUUCUGUGGUCUUUGGAAUUAGGCCACUGGAUCUCAGAGGAACCAUAUGAACUUUCAUCCAGCUUCCCUGCAGCUCCUGUAAGUUUAAUGGUCCUUUAAGCUUGUGAACCUUCUUUUGUUUAUCUGGGAAAUUAUUUUCCCUCUAAAUAGGUUUUGCGAAUAAGAAAGCCUACUAGAAAAAUAUUUUUUAAAGCAGAUACUGCAAGGAAUUAUUUUCUUCUUCACUAUUUUUUGAAAUGUAUGCAAAACCUUUGGUACAUGUGGAAAAUGCAAAAUAUUGGUUCACUAAUUAACACCUUAAUAAACCAGCAUCUUACUGAAGUAUAAAUACACUUUAAUUUUAUUUCUUUCUGUACCUGUAUACAAACUGGAGGGGCAUAUUAUUGCCAAAUGGAAAGAUCUGCAGGUCAGGGACUCAAUUUUUUUGGCCCAGAAAUUACUUGGGCAAUGGAAAAUUACUAUGGUCUUCUAGAACUACUAAGCUGGAAAAAAUGAAGUAUUUUUCCUGCCUCUAAUAAUCAUUCUCAAGUACUGAAUUGGGAACUAGUGCAAAAGAGGAAAUGUGGGGGCAUGAUGUACCUGUGUAGACUUCAGUGCACUUCAUGUACUGUAAUUUAUUAAACAGGAAUUCUAUUUUGGUUUUAAAAAAAGUUGAAUCCUAGCUGGCUACUAGUCAAUAAUUCCAAUAAUUUUCCCUCCACUAAAUUAAUGUCUGCAAUUUAUUUCUCAAAGUUUCAUACUGGCUUUGAAGAAAGUACAGUUAAUGGAGUAUGAAAUUUAUUUCUACUGUAAUUUUAUUAACUGUUAGGAACUUCUGUUUAGCAUUCUUUCUAAAUCUAUAACUAAUGUAAAUUUACAUAUUCAACAUGAAGCUUUAUUUCAUGACUGUAAGUUGUAUGUUCUCAAAGUUUAGGGAAACUGAAGCAGUUAUUCUCAAAUAACCCU